AUGAGUGCGCCCAAACUACACAUCAACGACCAAAGCCCUAUAAAAGACGAAAGCUCUCCAACACAAAAAGCAAUGGAGUGCCCGUCCUCUUCCACGAGAAAGUCGCUGCAUCAGAACAUCCUCGGAAAACUACGCCCUCUGCCAUUGCAAUACCACUGGACAGUAUGGUAUGACAGACACUCAGAAUCCACCGACUAUGACAACCGAUUGUAUGUCUUGCAUGAGGAUGUAGCCGACAUUGCCACUUUCUAUCGCGUCUACAACAACUAUCCCUGGGAUAAAAUCCGCCUACGAGACUCAGUCCAUAUCUUCCGCAAGGGCGUCCGUCCGGUAUGGGAGGACUCAGAAAACCUCAGGGGUGGUUGCUGGAAAUUCCGAGUCCCUAAGAGCAAGGCUCAGGAAUUCUUCCACGAGAUUGCCAUUCUCUGUAUGGCCAACGAAUUCCAGGCUGCUUUGGAGAAAGAACAUGACCAUGUCCUUGGUGUUUCCACCUCUGUCCGUUUCAACUCUCAUAUGAUCUCCGUAUGGAACAAGAUGGGCACGAACGAACGCUCUAUCAAGAUCCUCGAGCAAACGAUUAUCGACCGUCUAUCGCCUGAGCUGCGGCCCUCCAGUUCCGGUAGCAACUCGUAUUUCUAUAAACGACAUGAUGAGAAUGAUGGAUACCAGGAAGCUGUCGCAGCGAGUUCUUCGCAUUGA